UUCAAGUGACAAUCAUUUCUUUAUUGUUUUCUUUUCUCACCAUCCAAACGGAGCGUCAGACGGUGUGUAUCUAUCUCGCUCUCGCUCUCGCUCUCGCUCUGGCUCGCUGCGCUGCGCUGCGCUGACUCUCCCUCAAACAGAGAUAUUUUGCAUAGCAGUUGGUCCUACAUGGCUUCGUUCCGAGCAUUCUUGAACAGUCCAGUUGGCCCUAAAACAACUCAUUUCUGGGGUCCUGUUGCUAACUGGGGAUUCGUAAUUGCUGGGCUGGUGGACAUGAAGAAACCCCCUGAAAUGAUCUCAGGCAACAUGACUGGAGCAAUGUGUGUAUAUUCUCUAUUAUUCAUGAGGUUUGCAUGGAUGGUACAGCCUCGCAAUUAUCUACUUCUAGCAUGCCAUGCCUCGAAUGAGACAGUGCAGCUCUAUCAACUCUCUCGCUGGGCAAAGGGUAAUGGGUACUUGGGUGGGCAGAAGAAGGAUGAACCUGCACCUCAGUAACUUGGUGCUGCCCUUUUUCUUUUCCAUUGUUGGGCCUGCUUCCCUACAGAAAACAAGUUGUCAUUGAUGUGAAAUUAAGCAUUUUAUUAGUAUGUGAUUAGGGUACUAGCAGAACCACACAAUCAUUUCAAGUAAAUUGUGACUGCUGUUAUUUUGUUUGUAUUGCACUCUGGCUUUGUUACAAUCCACUAUUACCUAAAUAAACUGUUUGUCAGAAUAUUCAAGCUCCGAAGUUUGAAAAGUUUUAACCAUAAGACCAUGCAACUGGUUGGUUCAGUGCUAUUGCUAUACCUGAACCUUGUUCACGA